AUGGACCUCGAGCCAGAUGAAGAAGCAGCUGCACUGGUGGGCGAUCUGGUCCAGGCCGCCCGCGUGCCGGCCAAACGCCGUCCGUUUGCGGUCAAGCCCACGGUUGAGCGGCUCGCCUCGCUGGCGUUUGAACACGGGCUGCCGGCCGACGCGCUCCGCAACCUCGUCGACGUCGUCACGACUCCCGGCCACCUGGACCAGGCCAGUCUCGGCGCUCUCGUGCGAAACCUGUACCCGGCUGUUUCGGCCGUGCCGGACGACGUAGUGCUUGCCGUCGUCGGCUGCCUCGGCCAGGGCCAGCUCAAGCCGUCGCUGGCCGUCCAGGCGCUGCUGUUGCGAUGGCUCGUGCUGGUCUAUCAUGUGCUGGGCAGCCCGGCCGUGCUGUCACGCGCGUACGGCGUGCUGUUCAACCUGCUUGACACCGUCGGCAUCCGGCCACAGCUAUGCCACGUCCUGGCCCUGAUCACCCGACGGAGACAUGUGCGGCCCUUUCGGAUCCAGGCCAUACUCAACCUAUCGAGACAGGCUGGACACGAUCCGAAUCUGAUCGGCCUGCUGCGCGUGUUCAAAAAUUACUACCCGGAAGUGAUCGUCGGCGAGGCCACGCGGGGGAGAGCGUCCCCAUUUAAGCAUCCAGACCCGCCAUGGCGUGCGAGGCUGGACGAGAUCCAGCUCGCCCGCAGACAAAAUCUCCUACAGGGUGGCAGCAGCGGUGCCGCGACGCCCGAGAUGCAAACCGGGUUUCGCGUGCGACAGGAUCAUCAGCUCGGACGCCGGACGGCCGGCGGUGGUGCCGCGCUUUCGGGAAUCCCAGCUGUGCACACUUUGCAUGCACAGGAAGAGUCGGUCACACUUGAGGAAAUUGACAGCGCCGAGGGCCUCGUGCAGAACCUUGAGAAAAUUGAGCUGCCGAGCCAACUCGUCGCCGUGCUGGCGGAUCCGUUGCUACAGAAGCUGCUGCUGCUGCGGCCGGCAGCUGAGGCGACUGCGCGAGCUGACAACUGGCUGGCGGCUUGUGUGGCUAGUGUGGCCAGCGGUGACAGCAGUCCUGACGAGCUGAUGGACCUGAUGGAGGCGGUGAACGACUACGUCACCAGCACGCAGACAUUUCCGCCCGUGCUGCAUCGCUUCUUCGGCCAGCUUCUGUCGACGUGGGACCGCCAGACCCAGAAAGAGCUCAUCUUGCAGACCCUCUCGUUUGUGCCGGUCCAGGGCUUUGAAGAGACAUAUGUGUCGACGUUUGCGGUUCUGGAAAAAGCGCUUCUCGACAGUUCAGCGACUUCACAUCUUGAUCUGCUGGCCUUUUACACCAAGGUUCUGCACAACUGGAGAGUGGCACUGACGGCCACCAAGGGUGAAGCGGCGUCCUCCCAGAACAGCGAUGCGGCAGCGCUACCGCGAUUCAUCGGCCAUGUGGCCAAGCUGGUGCUGGUCGUGUUGCAGACGCCACCGGCUGUGUCCUCAUCGUCUUCGGUGCCGACGGGAGCCGCGCUGGCGGUGCUGGACUUUUACGAAGAGGUGACGGGCACGCUGGGAAUGGGCCGCGACGACGUGCUGGAGCAAGUGCAGGCGGUGGUGCCGCCGCCGACAAUGGUGUACACGAUGCACUUCAGCCAGUCGGCUGCGGUAGCAUCGCGGCUGUACGCGGUUCUGGCAGCGUACAAGCGAGCGCUGGAGGCAGCGAUGGCGCGACGGCCGGGUCGACAGCUGGCGGCUGAAGAGCGGGCGCGCGUCAAUCUGUUCAACGGUUUCCUCAUGGACGUCUGCAAUUGUCUGUGGCGUCUGCGGGCGUUUUCCGGGUCCGACACCAAUGCCCAGGGCUGCCGCGUGCCGGCCGUGCUAGUGCCGAAACUAGCACACUAUAUGCAGGUCGUGGACCGCGAUCUGGCCCUGACGGCCGCCUUUAGCCUGUCGCAGUCGCCGGUGAUGUGUCUGCAGGCCAUCCGCUAUCUCCGGGCGCUGGAAGACGCGGCGAUCGGGCAGGACGACAGCGACAGCGGCAGCGCGACGACAGUGACAGUGCGUCGACGCCAUGCCGGGCCGGUCACGCAGGCGGCCCUGGUGCAGCUGGCCCGUACUGGCGGCAUCAACGUGUCGUGGGCGGCAUACCGAUCGGGGCUGCUGGACCACCUCGAAACACGCGGUUUUGGCGGCGUUUCGGCUCUGAUGCACAACACAAUGAAGAACCUAAUGAACGCCCAGACGGGAUGA